AUGUUUUCAAUUGCAUUUUUCGGAUGCUGCGGAAGUUGGUUCGAAAGCAGAUGCAUGCUCAUAACGUAUUUUUCAAUGGUCAUAUUUAUGUUCAUGUUGGAAUUCACGUGUGCGACUCUGGCAUUUAGCUUUCGAGAGAAUUUAAGUUACACUUUUCGAGAAGAAUUAAAAUACGGUAUAGAAAUGCAUUAUUCAGCAUCCGAAGAUAACGGUUUGCACAUACUAUGGGAUAAAUUACACAAAGAAUUUUCCUGUUGUGGCGUCACAGACUACGAAGAUUGGUACGAUAUUCAAGCUUGGAAGGGUAAAAAUCAAGUUCCAGAUUCCUGUUGUCUUAAACAAUAUGAAAACACGACGGAUUGUGGUAUGUCGGGUAAUCCUGAUAUGUGGUAUCCGAAUGGUUGUUCGGAAAAGGUUCACAUGUGGUUUGUCGAAAGGUUACACAUAAUCGGUGCUAUAGGACUCGUUAUCACAUUUAUCCAGUUAUUUGGUCUUUUGUCAUCCAUGUUGUUAUUUUGCACGGUGAGACAUAAAAGAACGUCAUCAACGUACAAAUCGUAUAAUCCGGCAUCUUGA